UGGGAAGUUCACACUAUGAAAUGAGCUUAAAACCUUCCUCCCCAUCUAUUCUAUUCUCCAACAACUCUUUCUUCUCACCCGUCAAUUAACUAUGGUAAAGGAUUCUCAACUCGACCAAAUGGCAGCCGACAUGUCGCUGGCACGACAACGGCCUUCUUUCGACGUCAAGCUUAUGUCGACCUUCCUCGUGGGUGACGAGGAGAGCUUUAAAGAGCGCGAAGAGGGAAGAGCUAUUUUGGAGAACGAGCCUCUAUUUGACAAAGAGCCGUUGGUUUUCAUGAGCAGAGAGGAGCGCCUUCGUCAUGGUAUUAAAGUAGCAACAAGACUCAUCGAAUUGUGGGAGGAGCAUGCCUGGUCCCCAGAUCAGUUUGCCGCUGCGGUUAAGAAUGUCGACAUGAUGACACCUGUAACUUUGCACUACGGAGCGUUUAUUCCGGUCAUAUUGAAUCAGGGAACCGACGAACAAGUACAAGAGUGGAUAGGAGCGGCUCUUAGUCAUACUAUCAUCGGAUGCUAUGCGCAAACAGAAUUAGGUCAUGGAUCUAAUGUUGGUGGGUUGAUGACCACAGCCACUUUUGAUAAACAUUCAGAUGAAUUCGUUUUGCACAGUCCUUCUUUGGCCGCUGCCAAAUGGUGGAUUGGUGGUUUAGGCGUGAUGUCUACUCAUGCUGUUGUCCAAGCUCAAUUGAUCAUUGAUGGCAAAAAUUAUGGUCCUCAUAUUUUUGUUGCACCCAUACGAUCUCUCGAAAAUCACAAGCCACUUCCCAAUAUCUUGGUCGGAGACAUUGGACCAAAGGCUUAUGGUGGAUUUUCUAGUAUGGACAAUGGCUAUCUACUAUUCAAGGAACACAGAAUACCACGAAAAAAUAUGUUGAUGAAGUUUGCAAAGGUUGACAAAAAUGGUGUAUAUCGUCCUCCUGUGCACUCCAAGCUCUCUUAUGGUAGUAUGGUCAAGCUCAGAGCCGGUAUGGUUUCCGAAGCUGGCUGGAAGUUGGGCCAGGCUGCCACUGUGGCCAUUCGUUAUUGCACUGUUCGCAGACAAUUCCAGCCUGCCAAUUUGAACAAAGCUGAUGCUCCUACCGAUGCACCCGAGUCACAAGUUAUCAGCUAUUCUGGCCUCCAGCACAGACUGUUUCCUCUCAUUUCAGUAGCCUAUGGCCUCAUCAUCACUGGAUUUUCCGUUAAUAGACUUUUCGAUGAAAUGACAGAGCAGCUCGCCAGCGAAAAUGCCACCCUUCUUCCCCAAGUUCACGUUCUCACCUGCGGAUUGAAGAGCUGGGGUACUCGUAGAUCUUGCGAUGGUAUUGAAGAAUGUCGUAAGGCGAUGGGCGGUCAUGGCUAUUCGGCAUUCAGCGGUCUCUCUGAUUUAUUCGCUUCCUAUAUUCCCUCCAAUACUUAUGAAGGUGACAACUGGAUUCUUACUCAGCAAGUCGCACGUUUUUUGGUGAAAGAGCUUGGAAGAUUAGCCAAUGGAAAAGAAAUUUCUGCCAGUACAAGCUAUCUCGCCCGCCUCGCCAGUGGUGAUACCAGCAGCUCAUUCAGAGUUUCCAAGGUAGAACAGCUAACUGACUUGAACGUUCAAGUCGACUUGUUUGCCACAAGAGCCGCUCGUGUUGCUUUCGAGCUUGGUCAAGCAUUGCAGUCCGGCAGGGCUUGGUCAGAUCUCAACGUGGAGUGUUGGAAUGCCAGCGUUGCUCAUACCGAGUACACAGUCAUGAGAGCCUUUGCUGACAAAGUAGAAGAGGUCAAGAAGGAUCAGUUUGCUCCUAUCCACGACACCUUGAAGAUGCUUUGCGAUCUGUUUGCCGUCUCCAACAUUGUCGGCGUUUCACAAGCUUCUUUUCUGGCUACGCAGACCGUUCAUGCCGCUGAUCUUCCCGUCAUCAAUGAGCUUUAUCGCUCCUUGUUGCACCGUAUCUCCAAGCAAGCUAUUCCCUUGACAGACGCCUUUGGUUUUAGCGACAAGAAUUUGGGAAGUGCUCUUGGUAGACAUGACGGAAGAGCUUAUGAAGCUCUUUGGGAAGCUGUACAAAAGAAUCCUAUUAACCAGGAGAAGUGGCAACAGGAAACCUAUGAGACUAUUAUCAAGAAACUACUUCAUAGAAAUAAUAGCGCCGAACCUGUAGAAAAGGCUAAAUUGUAAUUUAUCGAUAGCUUAUCAUUAAGGAUAUCGUGGUGGUAUUGCCAUAUGCAUUAAUGUAUACCUGAAACUCUAUUGAACAAAUAAGAUACACUGUGUUCUGGAAUAAAACAUAGUCAAAACUCAAUCAGGGCAUGAAGAAAAAAGACAGAAAUGAAAGGGUACAAUUGAGCAACAAAAUAAAAGCAAAUUCUACAUAUAUAUAUGAGUGAUCUAGAUGUGUGCAAUGUAAUAUCUAUAUCGUGGCCAUAGAA